CGGACCGCCCUGCGCUCUCGCCGCGGAGCACCCUUCUGGCUUCUUCGUCUCUGGACGGACGGACGCUGGAGCUCUUCUCUUGCCCUUAGCCAAACUUACUUUCCCGCCUCUCGAAAACUCUUAGCUUCUCUCUCCUCCUCCCUUCAGCUCGCUCUUUUCCACUCCAUUUCCCUCUCCUCUCCCACGCCACAAACCCACCUCCCCUCUCCUCUCUCCCAUCCCCUCCUCCCUCCCCGGGACCCCCCUAAACUCUUCUUCCUCCUUCACCUCAAAGACUCAGUCCCAGCGCGCCUGCUGGACUCGGUCUCCUGCUCUGCUCCGGUUCUUCUCGAAGUCAUGGCAGGACCUGGGGGUUGGAGGGACAAGGAGGUGACAGAUCUGGGCCACUUACCGGACCCAACUGGAAUAUUCUCACUAGAUAAAGCCAUUGGUCUUGGUACUUAUGGGAGAAUCUAUUUGGGACUCCAUGAAAAGACUGGUUCGUUAACGGCUGUUAAAGUAAUGAAUGCCCGGAAGACUCCUUUGCCUGAAAUAGGGAGGCGGGUGAGAGUGAAUAAAUAUCAGAAGUCUGUUGGAUGGAGAUACAGUGAUGAAGAGGAGGAUCUCAGGACUGAGCUCAAUCUGCUGAGGAAGUACUCUUUCCACAAAAACAUUGUGUCCUUCUAUGGUGCGUUUUUCAAGCUGAGUCCCCCUGGCUAUAGACAUCAACUUUGGAUUGUGAUGGAGUUAUGUGCAGCAGGCUCAGUCACUGAUGUGGUGAGGAUGACAAGAAAUCAGAGUUUAAAAGAAGACUGGAUUGCUUAUAUCUGUCGAGAAAUUCUUCAGGGCUUAGCUCACCUUCAUGCACACCGAGUAAUUCACCGGGACAUCAAAGGCCAAAAUGUGCUGCUGACUCAUAACGCUGAAGUAAAAUUAGUGGAUUUUGGAGUGAGUGCCCAAGUGAGCAGAACAAAUGGAAGGAGAAAUAGCUUCAUUGGUACGCCAUACUGGAUGGCCCCUGAGGUGAUUAAUUGUGAUGAGGACCCAAGACGCUCCUAUGAUUACAGAAGUGAUGUGUGGUCUGUGGGAAUCACUGCAAUUGAAAUGGCUGAAGGGGCUCCUCCUCUGUGUAAUCUUCAGCCUCUGGAAGCCCUUUUCAUUAUUCUACGGGAAUCUGCUCCCACAGUCAAAUCCAGUGGAUGGUCCCGUAAGUUCCACAAUUUCAUGGAAAAGUGCAUGAUAAAAAAUUUCCUAUUUCGUCCUACAUCUGGAAAUAUGCUUCGUCACCCAUUUGUGGAGAAUAUUAAAAAUGAACGGCACAUUGUGGAGUCAUUGACAAAACAUCUUACUGGAAUCAUUAAAAAGAGACAGAAGAAAGACAUACCUCUGGUCUUCGAAAGAGAAGCAGCUGUUGAGGAACAGUACGCCACAAGGAGAUUCAGAGGACCUUCUUGCACUCAUGAACUCCUGAGAGUGCCAAGUAGCAGCAGAUGCAGACCGCUUAGAGUCCCGCAUGGAGAACCCCUUCAGCCACGGUGGUUACCUGAUGAAGAAGAGCCACAAUUCCAAGCACUUCAGCAACUGCAAGGGGCAGCCAGGGGGGUCCUGCCUCUCCCUGCUGAGGACAGUACACCCAAGCCUUUACAGAAGAAGCAGGCUCAGGCACCACAGCGCCUCCUACAUGUGGCAGCUCGGGUGUUCAGGCCAUUACAGGCUCAGGUUAAAGCUAAGGCAUCUACACCUCUAUUCAAGCAGAUUCAAGCACCUCCCCGCCUAAAGAAAGCAGCCCGGGUGCUCAUGCCACUCCCUACUGAGGAUAAAGAACCUGAUUCUCCAGAGAUGCAGGCUCCCGUACCCAACGAACAGCAGGCCCAGUCUGAGGCCUUAGAAGCUGGACAGCUUAAAGAUUUGGACCAGGUGCCAGAAGAAUUUCCGGGGCAAGAUAGAGCACCUGAAGAGCAGAGGCAGGGCCAGGCUGCUGAACAACAGCAGAGGCAGAAUCCAGUUCCGGAGCAGAAUCCGGAGCAGAAUAGGGCACCUGAGCAGCCAGAGGUGCAAGAACAGGCUGCUGAGCCUCCACAAGCUGAGAUUGAGGAUAAGGAACCUGAGGUACUACAAGUACAUGCCCAGGUGUUCCUGCCUUUAUUGUCACAGAACCAUCAUGUGCUCUUGCCUCUUCACUUGGACACACAGCUGCUAAUUCCAGUAGGGGAACAAAAUGAAGAGUCACCUCAGGCACAGGCCUGGGCUCUAGAGGCCUCACAGGCUAUUGGUGCAGUUCAAGCACUGAUAGAGGGACUAUCAAGGGACUUACUUCAAGCACCAAAUGCAUUGAUCUCAAAACCACUUGGUCCACUGCAAAUCUUGCUGGAAAAUUUGUCAUCAGAUGCGUUUUACACUCAACCAGAACAGACACGGAAGAAAAAGUCAAAAGUUGCUAGUCUAAAGCAAGCACUGGUGAAAAGAUUAUCACCCAAGAGGUUCAGGGCAAAGUCCUUGUGGAGAAUUGAGGAAUUUGAACUUUCAGAUGUAGAAGCCAGCAGGAGACGGCGCCAGCGUAGAUGGGAGGACAUCUUUAAUCAGCAUGAAGAGGAAUUGAGACAGGUUGAAAAUGAUAAAGAAGAUGACUCAUCAGACAAUGAUGAAGUGUUUCAUUCAAUUCAGGCUGAAGUCCAAAUAGAACCAUACGUUCCAAAUCCUACAGGAAAUGAGGUCCAAGAGAGAUCUGCUUCUAUUCCUUGCAACCGGAAUCGUACACACCGUGUGAAAUUUUCUUCAAGUGUCUCUCAGCAUCCUCUUUUCGAAGAAGUUCAGCAGCCCAUGGACGUCAGACAGAGGAGUUCCCUAUAUCCUCAGAAUUACCAAGCAGCAUCAGAGUCAUCUUCUGAGGAGGAGAGUCCUGUGACUAGGAGGAAGUCCCAGUCAUCGCCGCCUUAUUCUACUAUUGAUCAGAAGUUACUGAUUGAUAUCCAUGUUCCAGAUGGAUUUAAAGUGGGGAAAAUAUCACCCCCUGUAUACUUGACAAAUGAAUGGGUAGGCUGUAAUGCACACUCUGAAAUCUUCUGGGAUGAUUGGUUAAUUCCUGCACCUGUCGUUCAGCCACCUGAAGAAGAUGGUGAUUAUGUUGAACUCUAUGAUGCUGGUGCUAAUACUGAUGGUGAUGAGGAAGCUUCUAAUGAUGCUUAUGAAGAUACCUAUGACCAUUUCAAUGGCCAUGAUGACUUGAAUAACCAGGUUGAUCAGGCAAAUGUCUGUAAAGCCCGUGGUGCUGGCUAUGAUGCUGGGUCUGCUCGUGACAUAGAUGAUAAUCUUGAUGCUGCUACCAAUGGGCCAAGAGCAAGCUAUCGCAGAGGGGGAAUAUUGAAGAACAGUGGUGGAGGUAAUGUACAGCAGGGGGCUUUCAGACCCUAUAGAAACAAUGGAGCCAAAGGUUACCGUGGCAACUCUGCUGGGGGAGCGAGUGCAGCCUUUAGAAACCAGGAUGGACAUGGAGCCAAUGGAGGGAACAGAUACAGAGGAGCCAAUGGAAGCAGUGAAGAGCAUGGAGCAUUUGGAUUCGAUGAAGAAAUUCACUCACAGAAUGAUGGUGCAGGACUGGAUCAACAUAUAUUUCAGGAUUUUGAACAUGUACGGGAGGAAUCAGAUGUUGGAACUGAGACCUCAGACUCAAUUGUCUUGGAUAACGCAUCCCUCGCACUUGAUGGUGAAAAUCCGAAUGAUAUAUCAGAGUCAUCAGCAACAGUGGGUUUUCCUAUCAUCCACUCAUCUUCCAGAGGAUCUGCUUCUGCUUCUGAUACCGACAUUGCGAGUGACACCUCAUAUAACAAACCACUAAUCCAUGUGUAUGAAAAGGAGUUUUCAUCUGAGAUCUGCUGUGGCUCUUUGUGGGGAGUCAAUUUGUUGCUGGGCACCCGAUCUAAUCUGUACCUGAUGGACAGAAGUGGAAAGGCAGACAUCAUUAAACUUAUAAAGCGAAGACCAUUCCGCCAGAUUCAAGUCGUGGAGCCACUCAAUUUGCUGAUUACCAUCUCUGGCCGCAAGAACAGACUUCGCGUGUACCAUUUGACUUGGCUGAGGAACAAGAUUCUGAAUAAUGAUCCUGAAAGUAAGAAAAGGCAGAAGGAAAUGCUGAAGAAAGAGGAAGCUUGUAAAGCUAUUGAUAAGCUGACUGGCUGUGAACACUUCAGUGUCCUUCAACAUGAAGAAACAACAUAUAUCGCAGUUGCUUUGAAAUCAUCAAUUCACCUUUUUGCAUGGGCACCAAAAUCCUUUGAUGAAAGCACUGCUAUUAAAGUGAUAUGCAUUGAUCAGUCAGCAGACUCCGAAGGAGACUACAUGUCCUAUGAAGCCUAUAUACGAAUAUUGGCAAAAAUACAGGCAGCUGAUCCAGCGAACCGGUUUAAGAGACCAGAUGAGCUCCUUCAUUUGCUGAAGCUCAAGGUGUUUCCAACUCUUGAUCUUAAGCCAGUGACAGUUGAUCUGGCUAUUGGUUCUGAGAAAACACUGAAGAUUUUCUUCAGCUCAGCUAAUGGAUAUCACAUCAUUGAUGCAGAAUCUGAAGUUAUGUCUGAUGUGACCUUGCCAAAUAACCCUCUGGAAAUCAUUAUAUCGCAGAAUAUCAUCAUUUUACCUAAUUACUUGGGAAUUGGCGUGAUGCUCACCUUCAACGCUGAAGGUGCCUCUGAGGAAGCUAAUGAACAACUCUUCAAGAAGAUCCUUGAAGUCUGGAAAGACAUACCGUCUUCUGUAGCUUUUGAGUGUACACAGAGAAUCACCGGGUGGGACCAAAAGGCUAUUGAAGCGCGGUCCCUGCAGUCCACUAUUCUCGAGAAUGAGCUGAAGCGCAGGUCAAUCAAGAAACUGCGAUUCCUGUGUACCCGUGGUGACAAGCUGUUCUUCACUUCUACACUGAGCAAUCACCACAGCCGGGUUUACUUUAUGACCCUUGGAAAACUUGAAGAGCUCCACAAACAUUAUGCUGUUUAAACGGUUCCAGUGAUUUACUACAACAUUUACAUCCAUCACAUACAUGCCAUUGCAUCUUAACAUUUCAGUUUUACCGUUAGAAACACUUUAAUCAGGCUUUUAAUGUAGCACAUAAUAGUUUCAAUGAGAAAUGCAGCUUUAUAAAUAAAAUUAACUAUAGCAAGCUCUAUGUACUCCAAUGGUGUACAAUAUCUUUUGCACAAACUUUGUAACUUUUGUUACUGUGAAUUCAAACAUCACUCUUAGGACAGUUUGGACAGUAUCUGUAUUCAGAUUUACAGCGUGGAGUAAAGAAACCUGUUAUAAAUUACAAUUGACUUUCAAAUGAAUUGGCCCCAAGUAAGCUUCUUCAAAAGAAAAAAAAGUGAAGGUUAGAUUAAGAAACAAAAACAAUGAAUUUUGUAGCCCAGACUAAGGUUGAACAACCUGCAUGCACAAAGAAAAUUACAGUGAUCAAGGGGGAUAUGCCACCUGAUUCUUUUCACAAGAAAUCCACAGUUGGAGACCAGUUGUGAUUUUUUUCUACCCCUUGUUAAACUGGUUUUCUCUAUCUAAGAAGAAAAGAAAACCUCAGAUGUUUGGUUCCCCCUUCCUGAAGCUCCAAAUAUAUGCAAUAGCUGUUUUUACAAUCUAGACAAUCUAAUCGACCAAACAAUACAUUUACUAGUUUGAAUACAGGACUGAACUCCAAUACACAUGUACUGUAGAGAGUUUUUUUUUUUUUUAAUACUUCAAAGUCGGCGUCAAAUUCUGUCCCCAUGACUGGGUGAGUUCUGAAUUCUGUUAUCUAGCCAAUACUGUGACCAUCAGACAGCAUUGAAUAUUUUCCCAGUCCUACAUUUAACUAUAUAAAAUGCCCUUCCAGUUAUUACACAAAGCAAUGUUACAAAAUGAAAAUAACAUUGAUAGCUAAUACUUACAUUUUCACGUUUUUAUCACUGCAAACUGAGAAAUUAAAGUAAUUAAGUGAUAAUCUCAAAUUUAGUCAUUUUUGUAGGUAAGUAAGCCUUUAAAAAAAUAACAUUCAUUGUAUACUAAGGUCUGCAAAAUGUAGUGAAAUUCAUGCCAGUCCAUACCCAAAUAUUUUAUAGACGCCAAAAAUAGGUGAUAUUUUCUCACCUAUGGUAACUGCUACCUGGUAAGAAAACGUGAUUUAUACCUAUCCAUCCUCAAUGCCAUGGUUAGUUCUGGGGCAAGAGAAAAAACUCCAGAACCUACCACAAAGUAUACCUCAAUAAGUCCUCUAGUUCUGCUUCUAAAAUCUGAAGACUUUGCUAGUGGGAUAAUAAUUUUUAAACUACCUGGUUAACCAAAACAGAAAGCAGCUGACUGUGUGUGAUUUCCUGACAGUAUAUCAUUUCCUGGAACCUUUGUGCCAGAAAUGAAGAUUUGGAUUUUCCUUAUGACUUCUCUCAAGAGUGUAGGAGCUCAGUGUUCAGCUUACAGGAGAACCUGAAUCCACAAGUUAAAUGUGAUUCACAUUUCUGUUACUGUGACACAAUAAUGUGAUCCUAAAACUGGCUUAUCCUUGAGUGUUUACAAUUCAAAUUACUUUUUUAAAGCUCAGUAGUUACUUUAAGUAAACAAACUUUAAUGUCAAAUCAAUACUUUAGAAGUAGUUUUCUUUUUUUAAAAAAAUUUGUACACCAAAGGCCAUGGGGAAAUUGGUGCAAGUACCUCAUCGCUGAGCAAAUGGAGCUUGCUAGGUUUGGAUUUCAGAAAUUUUUCUCAUUUAAAGUAGUAUGUAGGAAAAGCCUUUUAAGAAUUUUUUCUUAAUAUUUACUCAAAAUUAAGCUUCUAAUAAGUUUUAUCUUAAAAUCAUAUGUUUAAGGCAGUAAUACAUUUAAAAAAAUCUGUUUUAGCAGCUCAACUCCCAUUAUUCUCUGUGGCAAUUAUUCCAGCAAGCAUAGGAAAAUAGCAAGCAGAGUCUGUGAAGUCACCCCAAAGCAAGCACACAGGAAAGAUUACCAAUGCAUUGCUGUGCUUUGAAGGCUAAUAUGGUAAUGAAGAAAAGACAUUUGGCACCUAGCAAGGAAAAAGAAGCUGCAAGCAUUGGGUGGCCAAGUAUGAAAGAAUGAAAUAUUUGAAGUAGUUCAUCGGCAAUAAAUGUCACUAAUGAAUAUUUCCAACUUAGGUGUAAAUCUAUGUGUGAUCUAUAUAGCCUUUGGCAGGUGAAUCAGGAAAAGUGGAACGAUGUCAUUUCAUAGCCAUUAUACUUUGUAAUAGGAGAAAUGACUUAUGUACUACACCUCAUAACAGUACAAGGCCCAGCACAUCACAAAUGUGUGGAGAGGCACCCCUGAAAGCCAGGGCCACUCUAAGUAUGGUUUAAAGCAUAAACGUUUUGGCAGGUUAGGAGCAGCACUGGUGAAAGUAUGGUUUGAUUUCAUGGUGAUUUAAUUUUUUUUAUUACCAAAGCACUUGUAAUAAAAGAUAUAUUGUGAAAUGUUUGAAAACUAGAAAACGCUAAAAAGGAUAGGGCUGAUAACAAAACUUCUCAAUAAAUGAAUUAGUUUAAACAAAGAAAGAUGCUAAGAGCAAAGAGCAAGAGGUAAAAAUCAUCAAAGAACUACAAUAAGCAAAGCACUAUUUCCCAUACACCCCCAUCCCUUCACCCAAACAGAAUGCAGAAGAUUAAAUUCUUUCUGAGAUAAACCGAGACCUAAGCCAUGAUUCAUUUAUUGGAGGGCUGGACAGAUAGCUAGAUCAGUAAAGCCCAUGCCCUAUGGCUCUAAAUUCAGUCCCCAGAAAUCACAUAAAAAUUCCAGUCCCCAGAAAUCACAUAAAAAUUCCAGUCCCGUGCUAAAGAAGGGUAGACAAGUAGAUCUCUGGAGCUUGCUUGCCAGCUAGUCGAAACUAACUGGCCAAUGAGAGACCCUGUCUCCAAACAGGUGGAUGGCAUUGCUGAGGAUGACACUGGAUGUUAUCCUCUGCUUGCUCUCUCUCUCUCUCUCUCUCUCUCUCUCUCUCUCUCUCUCUGCCUCUCUCUCUCCCUCCCUCUCCCCUCUUUCUCUCUCUCCCUCUCUCUCUGGUCCCUCUCUCUCUCCCUCCCUCCC